GCGACCAUUUAUUUCCCCGCGAUCAUCUUCAUGCAGGACGAGGCCAUGAACGACUUCGGGGCCGAGGUAUAUCUCGGAACAGUUCGACGCACUGGGGCGGCACGACGUGCUCCUGCCGCAGCCGGAACCGGGGCCCGGUGGAGCCGGAGAUGUCUGGGCUCAGUCUUGGCCAUGGUCCUCGCUCUCUUUCCCUCCGUGAUGUGCGCCCGGACCCGCCUGCUGAUGUCGCAGGGCUGCCGCGCGCUGUUCCGCGAGGCGCGCCGCGCGCUGCCGCUGGCCUCCAGGCUGCGGCUCUUCCUGCCGAUAGGGGACGGGGACGUGGUCCACGGACUCUCGUUCGAGGACGUCGCCAAGUUCGACGCGUCCGUGCUUGUGAACAUCGCGGUCACCACGUUCGUGGAGAUGUACGCGAUGCACAUGCCGCUCUUCGUGCCCGACGAGCUCUGGCUCGCGAGGCUGUGGCCGAAGCAGAUGACGAGCUACGGGCGCGCGCACCCCGGGCUCCACCGCGAGUUCAGGGGCAGCGCCCCCCGCGGCGCGCGGCACCCGACGCCGUACCCCUCCCUGGACCGCGUGGCGGAGGACUUCCGCGCCAUGCUGUAUUGGGCGUCGCACUACGCUCACCUCCACAACCUUCCAGGCGUGCGGCCCUUCGCGUCCAUCCCGGCGCUCCUGCUGCUACUGCACAGCGGCCAGGGCGGCCUGACCGAG